AUGGGCAGAGCCACCACCAGGAAACCGGUCUUACUGCUCAUGGUACUGUUCAAAGUAAUAAGUAUUAUUGUUCCAUCGAGUGCGUAUGCACAAAAUACUUACGAGUUACAUAAGAUGCUUUUUGAGAACUACACAAGUGUACUACGUCCUGUUGAGAACGAAGAUGAAACUGUACGUGUUUCUGUCAAAUUUCUUCUCCGGGGAAUAAGCGAGUUCGACGAAGUACGUGGCCAGUUGUCAUUGGCUACUGCAGUGGACUUGAGAUGGCGGGACCCACUUCUAAAUUGGAACAGGUCCGAAUACAAGCCGCGUGCCCUAGUCCUCCCCGAAACACACAUUUGGACACCACGUCUCGCAUUGUCCAAUCCCACGGACCGAAUACUUCUAUUCUUUGAGGACUCGUUCCCGGUCCGGCUAAAUUCGGACGGCUCAGUGAUCUGGCUGCAGGGAGGAACCAUCAUUUCCACAUGUGUUCCUAACGUACAGAAGUACCCGUUCGAUGUCCACAUGUGUUACCUUGUCAUACUGGCGAUACCCUACACGCGCCCCGAGCUCCAGCUCUACCCGGCGAUCGAUCUGUCCAACUUUGAAAAGUCUGGCGAGUGGGACCUCGGGAAAAGUAGUGUUAAAGAGGAAUUAUAUGGAGGAUUUUUCUCGUCCAUAGUGAUCAGUUUAGAAAUAAAAAGAAGACCGGAAUUUGCACUUCUUAGCACCAUCCUGCCAAUUAUAUUCCUAGGUAUUCUUAAUGCGUGCGUGUUCUUAUUACCGCCUGAGCAUGGAGAACGUGUGUCAUACGCCCUCACCGUGCUGCUUUCCUUCGCUGUGUUCCUAUCCAUCAUUAGUAGUGUCAUGCCCAAGAACUCGGAGCCUGUACCUGUUUCUGUGUUAUAUUGUUAG